CAGGCGCGCGAGCGAGCGGGCUGCGGGCAUGGGCGGCCUGCGGCUGCUGGCGCUAGCCCUUACGUGCUGCUGCUGGUGGCCGCAGGGCGGCCAGGCCAAGACCCUGCGGGGCAGCUUCAGCAGUGCCGCGGCCCGGGACGCCCAGGGCCAGAGCAUCGGCCAUUUCGAGUUCCACGGUGACCAUGCUCUUCUGUGUGUCAGAAUCAACAACAUAGCGGUGGCCGUUGGGAAAGAAGCUAAACUCUACCUGUUCCAAGGCCAGGAGUGGCUACAGCUGCAGGAGAGCAGCCCUGGGCACAGCUGUAGUGAGAGGCUCACCCGGGCCCAGGUGACAGUGACCAUGAACCAGACAGAACAUAACCUGACAGUGUCCCAGCUCCCGGCUCCCCAGACGUGGCAUGUGUUUUAUGCAGACAAAUAUACCUGCAGAGAUGACGUGGAGAGUCCCCAGGUGGAGGAUAUCCCGUUUGAAAUGGUUUUACUAAACCCGGAUGCCGAAGGAAAUCCAUUCGAUCAUUUCAGCGCUAGAGAAUCUGGGUUGCAUGAGUUCUUUUUCCUCCUCGUCCUAGCGUACUUCGUGACAGCUUGCGUUUAUGCUCAGUCACUGUGGCAGGCUCUUAAGAAAGGAGGGCCCAUGCACGUGAUCCUCAAGGUCCUGACAACGGCACUGCUGUUACAGGCGGCUUCAGCCUUAGCCAAUUACAUCCACUUCUCCAGGUACUCCAAAGAUGGAAUCGGGCUGCCUCUAAUGGGAAGUUUGGCAGAAGUUUUUGACAUUGCCUCCCAAAUCCAGAUGCUUUACCUGCUUCUGAGCCUGUGCAUGGGGUGGACCAUAGUCAGGAUGAAGAAGUCUCAAAGCAGGCCACUCCAGUGGGACUCUACCCCUGCGUCCACAGGCAUCGCCGUGUUCAUUGUCAUAACCCAGAGCGUUUUGCUACUUUGGGAGCAGUUUGAAGACACUGGUCACCAUAGCUCACAUUCCCACCACAGCUUGGCUGGGGUCCUGCUCAUCAUCUUAAGGGUUUGCCUGGCACUGUCACUGGGCUGUGGACUCUACCAGAUCAUCACCAUGGAGAGGAGCACGCUCAAGAGAGAGUUCUACAUCACAUUCGCCAAAGGCUGUAUCCUGUGGUUCCUAUGCCAGCCAGUGCUUGCCUGCAUUGCUGUCAUUUUUAAUGACUACCAAAGAGAUAAGGUUGUUACAAUAGGUGUUAUCCUUUGCCAGUCUGUCUCCAUGGUUAUUCUCUACAGACUUUUCCUGUCGCACAGCCUGUACUGGGAGGUUUCCUCGCUCUCCUCAGUAACACUACCACUGACCAUUUCAUCUGGACACAAAAGUCGCCCUCAUUUCUGAUACUUGAUUCUUGUUAGAACAAGAAGUGACGUGGACAAGUGCAAUAAGGCUCCAGAUGCGGUGACGUCCCUUCAUGCCUUUGCCAUGAGAGACAGAACGGAGAUAGCAGAGCAUGCUAUUUACACAGCUGCAUUCCAGCAGUGCCAGACUCAGAGUAACACAUGUUCUGUACUCAGACAGUAAACUCUGGAGAGAGGAUCUUGUUCCGAGGUGACUGCAGCGCUUUUGCCCAGGCGGUCAGCGUGAAAGAGAGGACUUGAAUGGGUGUGGUCGGGUGCUCACACUCAGGUCUGAUGGUCUCAAACAGUGUUCACUCACACGAUCACGCUUGUGCAGAGCCAACUACUCCAGGUAUGACGUCAGAGUGAGACGCUGAUUUUAAAACUACUUUUUAUGCUUUAAAAAACGUGCAUUUCAUAUUGCAAUUUAAAGGAAUUGGAAGUGAAAUUACUCCAGAAAAUAAAUAGAAAGUGUGUUAACAGUUAAAUGAAUCAGCUUCUGUUUAUUCAUGGGUAGAGUUAUUCUGCAAUUUUUGCUUGUGUUGUUGGCCCUAGUUCAGGCUUUUUCUUGGUAGGAAAGGAUUUUGGAAAAUCUUAGAUACAUUACAUUGGCUGUACAAACAGAGGUUUUAAAUCUGAGCACUUGGGUAAAGGAACAAGCAGUUUUUUGUGUUUAAAAAGAAAGAAGGAAAAAGUAGUAUAUUAUAUAGCACUAAAAUUUUAAUCCUGAGGUAAAUUCAUUUCUCUUACAUUAAAUCCUCAAUUAUAAUUAAGCUGUAUACACAGAUUAAAUUAACAGAGGCAUUUCACAUAAAUAUUGGUUUCAGUAAUCAACUACCCAUGAAUUCCUGCCCAAGGAUACUUAAUCAGGAUUAUAUUUUCGGUGAAUAAUUGAAAAACAAAAUGCUCACUGGAUUUGUUAUAAUCCAUGUUGGCACUGGAUUGUAAGUAGUGCCAUCUUGAAUCCUUUGUAAUAAAGCUGAGUGUGUGUGUGUGUGUUUUGUUGUCCCCAGAUUGUCUGUAGUUUUCUAAAAAGUGCCCAACUAAAGAAUUGCUGUGGUUGUCAGUCCUCUGCUGUGGUUGUCUGUCAGUCCUCUGCUCUGUGGUUGUCUGUCAGUCCUCUGCUGUGGUUGUCUGUCCUCUGCUGUGGUUGUCUGUCAGUCCUCUGCUGUGGUUGUCAGUCCUCUGCUCUGUGGUUGUCAGUCCUCUCUCUAAAAUAAGAAUCCUGAUUAGUAGUUACUGAUUGACAGUUACUUGGUUAGUAUUUGUCAAGUUAGUUGACCUUUUGUUUACCUCUGGCUAUCUUUAAUUAUUUUUAUCUGCUUAACAAGUUUUUAAGCAGGAAAUGGUGCAAUAGUCUGGUCAUUGAGCUUUUAAUGAAAGACUCCAGGUAAUGUAGCAUAAUUAAAAAGUAUCUGUGUUUUUGUCUUUAUUUUUCCCUUGAAUAUGGUGUCAUUGAAAAUGAAAAUAUUUUGCUUCAUUUGAAAGGUAAAAUAUAUUUGCAGCUAGCAAAUCUGCAAAGUAGUAGAGUCCAGCCCGUGACUAGCGAGGCUUUCUAGCAGCACUCGGGCCUCCUGCAGCACGUGAGCUGCAGGGCAAUACAGAAAUGUAAGGUUCUCAGAGAGCUGGGCCAGCAGGUUGACCAACGUGCCUGCAUUUGCAAAGCUUUUAAUAGGGUUUUUGUUUGUUUUUAAUAUAUCCAGUUGCUGAUAAUUUAUAUUUUACUGUUAAGAGCUGUUACUAAGUCAAGAAAAAUAGUUGUUAAUGAAUGUGUGGAACUAUCCAUUGCCUAACAGACUCAAAGACAAGUUUCUCAUGACAUAAUGGUGCCUGUUUUUUUCCUUUCUUCCUUCUUUCUUUCACUCC